GCGCACAAGCCGCGCUCUGUGAGGUCACGUCUAGGCUCCGCCUCUUAGGCGGAGCCAAUCGCGGCUGGGGAGGGGCCUCCAAAGGGGCGCGCCUGCGCGCGGCCAGGCGGCGCGAUGGACCCAGUCCAUCCCAGUCCCCCUACUCAGGCGCCGCCGCCACCGCCACCGCCACCGCCAGUGGUGAGGCCGCGGGUGAAUUCUGAGGAGGAGCUCUACGACUGCCUUGAUUACUACUACCUGCGCGACUUCCCGGCUAGUGGGGCCGGGCACUCCAAGGGUCGGACGCGGCGCGAGCGGGAGCUGCGCACUAAUUGGCCAGUGCCUGGUGGCCACGAGCGCAAAGUCACACAGAAGAUCCUCAACGGCCAGCGCAAGCGUCGCCAGUGCAAGCUGCUGCCCCGGCCGCGGACUCGCCUCACCUGAUACCGAAAGACCUGAUAAAAGUAUUUUCUCUGACUCCAGCUGUAACUGUGGUCCUAAGCGGGAGAGAGAAUCCAUGUUGGUCAACAGAUUUGUUUCCGACAUCGCUUAAGUUUAAUGCUUCAGUAUCUUUUCCUUACUGGUAGUUAAUUAAGUGACAUCCAAGUGGGUAUGCCUUUUUAGGGUUUUUAAUUAAAAGAGCAGCAGCAAGAGUGGCAUUUUAACUCUUGGGGAGGGGGUUGGUUGCUAUGGCAACUCGUUUCACGUCUAAAAAUAUUUGCGUUCUGUGUAAAGAAAAGAUCACAAACAUGAAAGGUGGGAGGAGAACAAAGAUAGGCAUUUGUGCAAGAUUUCAACUCAAGUAUCAAAGGCUACUGUGCAUGUCUAAUAUUUGUUUUCCAAGAAAAGAGUAUUUUCAAUUGUAAUAGUGUCUGUUGAACUUAGUUGCUAGGUUCUCUGCACUGCAGAUCCCACAACAAUCCUUUGAGGUAGACGCUGUUAUUUCCAUUUUAUUUUAUAGAGAGGAAUCUUUUUUAAAAGAUUUUACUUAUUUUAGAGAGGGGAAGGGAAGGAGAGAAGGAAACAUCAGUGUGGUUGCCUCUCCAGCGCCCCCUACUGGGGACCUGGCCUGCACCCCAGGUAUGUGACCUGACUGGGAAUCAAACCAGUGACACUUUGGUUGGAAGGCCGGCACUCAAUGCACUGAGCCACAUCAGCCACGGCUAUAGAGAGGAUUCUUGAGGAUCAGAAGUUCUCACAACUUUCCAGAGAUCACACAGCUGGUUAGAAAGAAGAUGGAUAUAACAUACUUUUGCAUCACAAUUUUCCUCAACUGCAUACAAUCUUCUGUGGUUCAGAACCACCCACAAAUUCCAACUCCAAGGAUAAGAGCUGAGUUUUAGUUUUAAAAUUAUGCAGAAUAUAGCAGGGUAGCUUUCCUUUUAUCUUCAGUCCGCCUACAGUCAGGCCUCUGCACCCAGUUUUGAGUCCUUGGAGAGGAGAGAAUAGUGUGAAAUGGCAGGAGCAACCUUAGUAUUAAUCCCAACUAUGACUGACCACCGCACUGGUGGUCAGCAAACUUCUGAGUGGCAACUCCUUUCAAGUUUCACCAAACUUCAGGUUUCUCAUUUGUAAAAUGGGAGUAAUAUUGGAUUACCUUGCCAAACUGGAUUAUAGAUAAAAUAUAGGAAACAUCCAACAGAGUUGAGGGUCUGACACAUAAUAGGUGCACAGUAAGUGGUAAUUAUUUUUAAGUUUACAGAACACAAUCCCUCUUCCUUUCUCUGUGGGCACAGCCUUACAUUAUUUCAUUCACUACAUUAAUUCUUUUAAAACAUCUCCAACAUCAGGCAGUACGGUAUGGUAGGAAUCCUGGCUUUGGAGUAAACUACUGACGGGCAAGUUGCUUAAACUUGGAUCUACCUGAAGACCGUUUUAAUCAUAUAAAAUCAUCAACCUAACAGGAUAAAAGGCCUAGAUUCUCACAUUGUGCUGGAAUUUCUUAAAAUUUGAUCCACAAUUUCCAAAAACACUGACCCUUAACAUAUCCGUCCUCACCAUAAUUCUGAUUUUUUCAUUUAAAUCUGUGCUGUCCUAUUUAGCAUGCCCUUCCCCCUUUACAAUUUUAAUCCUGAAACUAAUUUCACCUAUAUUUAUUUAAAUGGCGCUUUUUUCCUGAAGUUUUCACCACAUUGAAAGUCCAUUCCUUUCAAAUUCUAUAGUACUUCAUGUAAGCACCAUUUAACUACUUUUUCAUAUAGUAUUUUGUAUUUUUAGGUGAACAGUUAAAAAAUGCAUUCAUUCUUUUUGUCUGAUAUGUGCAAGGCACUGUAUAUAAGUAUGUCUUAGUUAUUUAAAAAAAUCUACCUUUAGAGUAUAAUAUUUCAAACAUUCUCAGUUCCUAUACAAUUCCUGCUGUGUAGCACACCCAGACAGACAUAAGCCAUGUUAAAGCAACCCUAAUGUGUUCUAUUGGGUUGGCCAAAAAGUCUAUUUAGCUUUCUCCAUAAAGACAUGUUUUUCAUUUUCUCCAAUAACUUGAUUGAUUUGGGUAUUUUUAGUAUGUCAGCCAUCUCUCCCACAUGGUAUGACAUUGACUGUUCUCAAUUAAUGUCUCAAUUUGAUCACUAUCAACUUUGACUGGUCUACUUGACUGUGGAACAUCGUCCAGCAAGAAAGCUCCAGCACAAAACUUUGCAAACCACUUUUGACACAUUUCAAUAAGUCACAGCACCUUCUCCAUACAUUGCACAAAUCUUUCUUUGCAUUUCAGUUGCACUUUUACCUUUUUUGAAAUAAUAAAGCAUAAUACACCAAAAAUGUUGCUUAUUCUAUUUUUAAUAUUAAAAUGGCUACACAAAAAGUCACCAAUUUGGUUUUUUUUAAUGCAUUCUGAUAUGAAAGCUGUCACAAUCCAACCUAACAAUUGUUUCAAAUGAAGUUAAAGACAACUAAGUGCUACUAGAGCCAUCUGAUGGAAAAAAACAAACUUUUUGGCCAGCCUAUCAAUUUUUCUCAUUUUUAGAUACUAUAAUGUUUACAAUUUAAAUAUGGUAACUAGAAAUUGUGAGUUAGUUAUUUAUUGCUGUGUAAUAAAUUAUUCCAAAACCUACUGGCUUAAAAGAAAGAAUAAUUAACGCAGUUUCUGUGGGACAAGGAUUCAAAGUAGCUUAAUUGGGUGGUCCUAACUCAGCCAUGAGGUUGCAGUCAAACUGAGACCAGUCAUCAGAAGGCUGCUUCCAAGUUUGCUUACUCACGUGGUUGUUGGCAGAAGGUCUCACUUCCUAGCUACAUGAGACUCCAUAGGCUGCUUGAGUGUCCUCACAUGUGACAGCUGGCUUUCCCCAGAGUUAAGUGAUCUGAGUGAACAGAGGAAGCCACAAUAUCUUUUAAGACCUAGUCUCCAAAGUUGCAUACCAUCACUUUUGCUUUUUU